UCAAUGUCCUUGAUCUCUAUGCAUUCCAGGAAACUUGCAAUUGCGUAUUCUUCACUUGCGACGUUCUCUCUCAAUCAUAUUUCUCUUGCCCCGAUUACCAUAAAAAUCUCUCCAUUAAAUAAACCCUUCAUCUUCUGCUCUCCACGAACCCUAGCUUCCACCAUGGCCGGAGAAUCGGAGAGCUUUACUGAAGCUACUGCCGUCAGCGAUGACGUCAAGUUUGGGUUCGAGAGGUCCGAAAUGCACCAGAGCAACCUCGCCGGUACUGUUGAACCGCCCUUCGAUCGCCACGUGUUCCUCACCUACCAAUCUCACCAAACUUGGCCUUCUCGCGUUGAGGACUCCGACUCCGAUCUGCUUCCCAAGCUACUCUCUGCUGCUAUCAAAGCUCGUAAGGACGAUAUUAAAAUCAAGACUCGGUUGACAGUCUGUGAAGGAGGCAAGGAUGUCAACUUAUCAGAUGGUGAUGUUCUGAUUUUCCCUGAUAUGGUCAAGUACAGGGGUUUGAAGGAAUCUGAAGUGGAUGGUUUUGUUGAGGAUGUGCUUGUGAGUGGCAAGCCCUGGGCUUCUGGACAGCAGGGGUCACUACAUGGUGCAUAUGUAUUUGUCUGUGCCCAUAAUAAACGAGAUAGGAGGUGCGGUGUUUGUGGACCUGCUCUUAUCGAGAAAUUUAAGGAGGAGAUUGAGGCCAAGGGCUUGAAAGAACAAAUUUUUGUAGCUGCUUGUUCUCAUAUUGGAGGCCACAAGUAUGCUGGUAAUGUUAUCAUCUUCAGUGAAGUUGAAGGAAAAGUUGCUGGCCAUUGGUAUGGUUAUGUUACCCCAAAUGAUGUGCCUACGUUACUUGAUCAGCAUAUUGGAGAGGGUAAAGUCAUCGAACGGAUCUGGAGGGGCCAAAUGGGAUUACAUGCUGAGAAAGCUGCUGACAAGACAGAUGAGCAGAAGGUUCCUAAUGGAACCAACGUGGACAACAAAGAAAACAAACCCCAAGAAACUCGUACUGAAGAGAGCAAAGGAAGUUUCACGAGCUGCUGCCAAGGUGCUAAUGGAAUUUCUUGCUGCAGAGAUGCGAGUGCUGAGGAAGUAGAGAGCAAGAAGGCACAGGGAGGCCCUUUGAAGUUUGGGAAAUGGGAGCAGCGUGACAUUCUUACAGCUGUUGGUGUGGUUGCGGCUGUGUCGGUCGUUGCCGUGGCAUAUGGCUUUUACAAAAGAGCCAGGUAAAACAUGCUUGGCAGACUUCAUCUAAAGUUUUCAGCCCAAUGUUUUUUGUAGACAUAAACUUACAUAUGUGCAAUAAUUGCAUAACAUAUUUAUGUGGUUAUUUGUUGAGUGAAAAUAAUAUAGAAAAAAGAACUGAAAUUAUUAAGGCAAUGCCACUCGUAUAACUGCA